CAUUCUUUACUGAUGUUUUGAGUGUAGUGCGCUAUCAUCCUAGGUUCGCGACACAAGAUUGCGACUUCCACGCAGAACUAUGGUGGGAACUGAGUCAAUUGGACCCAGCAGUCAGCGCUCAAGUCGAUUCGAUGCUGGCGACGAAGUAUGGAUUUCUUAUGACGAAGCCCAAUGUGCCCUUUGACCUCGACGGACCUACUCCGGUGAUAUUACGUCUGGAAGCUUUGAGGGCUACUCAACGAGCAAUUGAAGACCCUCGAAGGUGUUAUAGUGUUGGCACAAUUGCGGCCAUUACAGCGAGCAUCUUUGAAGCACAUGCUCGUGAGAACGACGUACAGGUUAUUCUGCAUCUUCGCGGGCUACGUAACAUCAUCAAUCAUCGUCCAGGUGGGUUGUCUUCUUUACGAGGCUAUCCAAAGCUAUGGAUUCUGAUCUCGAUGUGUGAGAUCAUCUGCGCGACUACGUGGGAUACUGUUCCAGAGCUUCCAUUCCCGAUGGACUACUUCCAGGAACCCAUCUUCCGACCGACACGUCCGCCGUCUGAGUUCUCUGAACUGGUAAACACUGCUUGGGUCAGCAAGCAGCAACAAAGUGACAUUACGACAAGAACAUACGACCACAUGUCCCACUACCCCCGGCCGCUGUAUGAUGAACAACAAAAGCCCAUCUCACUCCAUCCGAGAACAAUGAUGACAAUCUUCAAUGGAUUCAAGAUGUGGCUAAGUCUCCCAUGUGCAUCUCUGCUCGAAAAUCAGGAGAUGAGGAUGACUUUGCUUCGCAGUUUGGAUAGUCUCUUGGAUACUCCUACACUGAUUCGUAAGCAAUGGUCAAGCAGAUCAUCUGACCUUGUUAAUCUUCCUUGGUCUGGUCAGGAUGUCUUGAAGCUCAUCAUUCUAGUCGUACGAUGCGGAAACGAGAUGCAUCCGGUACUUAACACUCUGGCUGCUGAACAACAGUGAUUCAUGCUUCUAGCCGUCUUGUAGUUGAGGAAGGAACGUUCGCGUUUUGAGACGUCAUACCUUUUCCAUCUGGCAAAGGAGACCGUGGCUGUGAUGACGCGCCCGGCGCAAUUUAACCUCCGUCUCCAGGCUCGGCAGGAAGCGCCGGGGCCGGACAGACACGACGAAAUCUCCGCAACGACAGGACACAUUGGUUGGUAAUCGAAAAGAUCGGGUCCGACUCGUCAAGAGAGCCGGACCACAGAACACAGCCCGAAGUGGCAGCCGUGAAUCCGACGCCGUAGUUUUAGAGUUUGAGGCACCGCC